GGAAAUCCCACAUUGGCUUGCAUUCGACUUUCGCUUAGUAAACAACGGAUAAUGAUCGCGCAUACAUUUCAUUUGACUCGAUCUCAUCUUCUUACAUUACUGGAAUAGGGAAUUUUCUGACAUGUUGAUGAGACAGUCAAUUUCAUCGGGAUCUGAAGUUUGAAAUGGCAGAAAUAAGAAAAGCAUCGAAUUGGUUUAACUUUUUGAGCACACUACUGUUAGUAUGUGCACUUUCAAGAGGUUGUUUGGCCAGGGUAUAUACUGAAAAACAUGUAAUAGGAUGGUUUGAUGAGACGGUGCGUCUCCCAUGUGAAUUCCCCUACACUGAUGUCCUCGCAUUGUACUGGACGGACAGCAAUGGUGAAACAAAAGUAUCGUAUUUCAAAGGUGAACCCGUGAGCUUCGAUGAACGGUUUCGUUUGAAUGAUGACUAUUCAGUCGAUAUCCUGAAUUUAACGGUGUCAGACGAAGGAGAAUACACUUGCAGAUUAGAACUUGAUUCUGGGGAUGGUUACGUUAAUAGUUCCGAACUCACCAUCUACGCAUCUCCAUCAGUGCCUCAGGUAACACCUUGUGUCCCUCAGUCAACUAAUAACCCUUACCAACAUCUGUGCAUCGUUGAAGCGGCCAACACAUAUCCCUUUAAUCUGGAAUGUGUUGUCAGUGGCUUCAGACCUGAUGUAACCCUUGAAUGGACAUCAUCGGGUAAAGUGAAGCAGCCCCUUGGAAAUCCAUCUCGGAGGACAUUGCCCGAUGGUAGAUCUGAAAGGGAGGUGACCAUCAGUGUGGCUGCUAAAGAGGACGAAGAACAGAAUUACACCUGUACUGUAAGGGGCAAUGCAACCAAUGGCGCCGACCGGUCAACAACCGUUACUGUCCUGGUUCCACCUCCGUCGACAGCGAUCGCUGAACCUGUCAGGAGUGGACUAUCAGUUGGAGGCAAGGUUGCGAUAUCUAUCUUUGUUAUACUGCUAUUGAUAGCCAUUGGAAUAGUCGCUUUAUUUGUGACUUUGCUGGUUCUAAGGAGGAAGAAAAAACUACCGCCCCUAGGUGAAGGAGUCUUGAAUGUCAUUCCAUUUCUGAGAUCAGUCUACCUACCUAUACCAGAUCCAGAAGAAGUGAGAUUACAAAGAAUUACAGAAGAGUUGGCUGAUCGACGUGAACGGUUAUCAGACUUCAAAUUUGAGCGAGAUGGAUCCAUUGUGAAGUCUGCACACAUCGGCUUAUUUGGAGAAAUGAGUGCUGGAAAAUCGUCCUUCAUAAAUUCUCUCGAAUUUGCAUUUACAGGCAAAUAUAAAGAGAGUCAGGUGGUUGGUGACAAGGAAUCUGGUGGAGGAAAAACCAUUGCACGCACUGUCCUAAAGCUCACUGAUAGCAUUCACAUUUUCGACAACCGGGGCAUGGCCGACUUCCAGAAAUCUUACCUGACUGAAGUAACUGCUCAGCUACGUGGAGAACGCGGACCAGACAUAGAAGAAAUCAAGCCAAGUGAACAGGAAGAAAUACACUGUGGUGUCUUCGUGUACAAAAUGUCUCAAUUCAACCGGCAAUACGGACUUGGAUUCAUUGGGGACUUCGCCAAAGAGCUCAGGCAACACACUGGCCAUCCCCCUAUGAUCGUUAUUACCCAUGCAGCAUCGCUUGCCGAAUCGAAAAGAGAAGACAUCAAACGGGAACUUGCUACCCAAGAUGUAAAUGAGAACGUGUACUUUUUCGAAAAUUACACGAAAAACCAUUGCUUGGAAGAUGAAGAAAAAAGUAUUGAGUUGCUGAAAUUCCUUGAAGAUGCCAUCAGAAAUUCAGAACUCAGUGUGGCGCAUACAGACAGGAGAAAAAAGGUAACGCGUGUGGAGCCAAAAGCCAAAGCAAAGAAAGAGAAGAAAACUAGACAAAAACAUGAAGAAGAGCAGCCGUCCACAAGUAAUGACACACAAAAAGAAGACAAAGCUAGUGAAAAGAAAGGGAUUUUGGGAUGGUUGUCAUCUUGGUUUUAG